AUGAGUAAUCUUAAGAACUGUUCUAUAUCUCUACCUAUGAAGAAUUAGUAGCCAAUAGAAUAAUCGAUAAAGCUAUUUUAGGUAAGCGAUUCCAGCAAGUUAAAGUAAUAAUAAUUAAAGUAGAAGAUAGAUAAUAACAUCUAAAAAAAACCUACACCUCAAAUAUUUUAAGACACUUCUAACCUACCUUAGGCGCAAUUAAUAUACUUAAACAAUCAAGGGCUUACUCCAGGAUCUCAGUAGUCUUCCACGACUUUUGGCGCUAAAUGGAGUCCUGUAAAAGCAACCAAAGUCUAAGCUGACGAAGAUUGUAUUUUAACAUAGCGAAAUUAAAAUUUAGCUAAUGCUCAAGAGAACAUAAAAAACUAUCAAAUUGCGUAAACAAAAAGCUCUAAAGAGAACACAAUUUAAUCAGUAUUUACAUAAAAUACUCUAUAGGCAUCAUAGCAAAAAAUUUACCAUCAUCAUAAGAAUUUUUAAAGCUGUGGAGGAAUUAAUUUAGGUUAAUUUAACCAAUAAAUGCAUCCUCAGUUUAUUGAUUAAGACAAUUUAAUAUCUCCAAACUAAAGUGUUAAGAAUUCAAGAAUGUUAAACAGUACACAUUCAACAAAUAAUUUCAUUUUAAACAGAAAAGAUUCUGGGAAUUUGAUUAAUAACUAAAAUGUGUAAUUAAAUGACACUCUCGCUCAGGUUAGUAAUGGUAGUUCAUAACAAAACUUAAAUAUUAAUAAUGUUAGUAAUAUAGGAGUUUAUAACCCAUUGAGCAAUAUGAGUUCUCCAUUAAACUAAAGCGUUAAUGUAUUUUUGUAAUCAACCAGAAAUAAUAAGUAAAUUGAGGAAGCUGCCUACAAACAGCAGCAGUUGCCAAUAAAAGAUUAACAGAAAUAAAUAUCUAGCACAUUUAACUAAUUUCCAUAAUCACACAGAGUUUCAUAAGUUCAGUCAAAAAGCAUAAGCAGCAUCUAGCAAAUAGGAAUUAAUUUAGAGUAAUUAAUUAGCCCUUAAAGCAAUUUAUAAGAUAAAACUCGUUCAUUUACACCUAACUAAAGAGCUGCUAAUGGGAUAGAAAGUAAGAUCAAAAAGAAUUAAAACUGCUUUUUAAAUAACUAGCAGAUCAGCAAUAGCAUAAGAACUUAGAAAUAAAAUUAUAUUCAAUACUCAAACUAUCCUAUGAAUUUGAUUGAAGAAGAGAAUUUAGAAUAAAUCGAUAAAUUAAUAAUAAAAAAUAACACUGGUCCUAAUGCAUAAAAAGUAUAAGACAAGAAAAUAUUCAGUGAAGAUACCUACAAAAAUGAAGUUAAAUAAGUGUCAUUAAAGCAAUUAAGCUUAAAUAAUUUAUAAGGAGGACAACAUGCUUAAGGCGUAAAUUUAAGCAACCAUCUUUAAAAUAAUUAAUAGAGCAAAGUGAAUCUCUCAAAUAAUAACAUAGCAGUUCAAACACCUUAAAAUUCUAACUCUAAUUAGUAUAGUCAAAACGCUUUAAUUUAAUAGCUGCUUGCACCAUUUUAACCUAAUAAACAAAUCAAUUAGUAACCACAAUAAUAAUAAUAACAAUAACAACAAUAAUAGAAAUACUAACAAUUUACCUAAUAAAAUCAAUUAAUAUAGCCUAAAAACUAGUAAUAAUAAUUAUAAUUUUAGUAAAGUAAUUUGUAUUAAACAUUACAAAAUGUGUAGUAGUAAUAAUAACAAUAUGCUUCUACUAACGUUGUUAAUAAUAUAAGCAAUAAUAACAACAAUAGUUAAAAUAACACCACAAAUAAAUUUGUGUUUGAUUAAUACUGCAUAAAUUAAAAAAAAGUAUCAACCCAUGAUAAUGGAACACAUCAAAAUGCAACACUUCAAUAAUCAUGUUAAAAUUUAAUAAUAAAUAAUAGUAAUAAUUUUAAUUCAAAUAAAAUAUUUAAUUAGAGUUCUUAAAAUUUCAUGAUGGCAAGCGCUCAAAAUAGUGUAAAAAGCUAAGUUCCUAACUUAAAUUUAAACUUUGAUCAAUCAGUUUAAAAAAUUCAAAGCAAUACGGGAAGUACUUCUAACAGAAGUUCCACUCCUUCUCUUUUGCAUGCGAUUAUAUCUCCUCAAUGCAGGUAAUAAAUGACGUGCAUGAAUCCUUUAACUGAUAAAUCUAGCGUAAUUACACCAUCAAACAAAUUUAUUCCUACAAAUUUACAAUUUCAGGAUGGAUAAAAUAUUGGAAUAACAACUUUGCUUAAUAAUCAAAUGAAUUUAAAUAACAAAUAAAUGCUCAAUAACACAAACAUACAAAAUAGUAAAAGCAAUAACUCUAAUAUCACCACAAUUAUUAGCGCUAAUAAUAACAAUAAUAAUGUUAAGUAAAAAAUACAAAACAAUAACACCAACAAUAUUUCAAAUUAGAAGAACUAUAACAAUACCAACUUAACUUAAUCAAAUACUCUUCUUUAGUAAACAAAAGAUGAACAAAGCUUGAUCAAUAUUUUAGGAUGCAGUUAAAAUUGUGAGUAUGAGUAUACCCCCAGAAACUAAAAUACUCAAGCUUAACAUAGCGCUGCCUCUUAUGGUACAAACUAAAAGUAAUAAAUUCCCCAUCAUUAAUCGAGUAAGUCUCUCUCAGGAGUAGGAAACAAGAGCAACUUUAACAAGAACUCUGAAACUCCUUAAAAUUAAUAGAACAAUAGCUAUUUUAACAUAAUUUAAGAUAUUAUGAAGAGUGUUGAAAAAAAUAACCAAGAUAAUUGUCUCUAAAAGACUCCAAAAGUAGAAAUCUCUUUAAAGUCAAAUACUCCUUCUACACCAUAAGUUAAUUACUUAAAUGCAAGUCCAUAAUUGAUUUCAAAAUAACCACAAAAAGAAAAAUAGAGUAGCUCUAACAUUUAAUUAUCGAGUUAAUAAGAUUCAACUAAAAACUAAAUUGAAGUAUUUUAGGUGACUGAUUUUAAGUAAUCAACAAGUUCAGCCGAUGUAGCUAUUUUUAAACCUAACAAAAAAGAAAAACUUUGCACCGAAACAAUUGACACUAAUAUAUUUUUCCCUGUUGAUACUUAUAAAAACAUAAAAACUGAGGUAUCCUAAUCAAAUAAUGGUCAAAUAUUGUUGCUUUCACAAAACUAAUAACUAAAUACAGAAUAAAGUGACAGUUUUUACUAUUACCAAAGCAAAAGAAAAUAUAAUGUAAAAGACUUUGAAUUCAUCAAGCUAUUAGGAUAAGGUGUAUUUGGCUAAGUUCAUAUGGUUAGGUAAAUAAACAAUAAAUUCAUUUAAAAUUUUAAAAAUAUUUUUAAUAAUAAGAAAAUUAAAAAUUUAUUUUUUAAUUAAAGAGAUAAGAAGACGAAGGGUAUUUUUGCUUUAAAGCUAAUUGACAAGUAAAUGAUAAAGGAGAAAGAAAUGGAAACUUAGCUGUAGAGAGAAUUAAACAUCCACAGCUAAUACAGCAAUCAUGAGAAUGUUUUAGAAUGCUUAGGAUACUUUGAAGAUGAAAAGUAUUACUAUCUACUUUUAGAGUAUGCCUCAGAUGGAACCUGCGCCUCUUUGAUUGAAAAUCUUCCUUUGAGGAGACUUACUGAAUAGCAAUCUUGUAACAUUGUUAAACAAAUUCUUGAGUCAGUCAACUAUCUCCAUAAAAACAAAAUUAUUCACAGAGAUUUAAAACUUGAAAACGUUUUGAUUUCUAACGGGAAAGUAAAAUUAUGCGAUUUCGGUUGUGCAACAUUUUGUGAUAAUCCUCCUUAUUAAAGGAGAAGAUCAUUUUGUGGAACAUUAGAUUACGUAUCUCCAGAAAUGAUUUAAGACUAAAUUUAUGAUAAAGAGAUAGACAUAUGGGCUAUAGGAGUUAUUACUUUUGAGCUUUGUUCAGGUUUUGCUCCUUUCACAUAAUUUAAUGAUCAGUAAACUUACUCAGCUAUUUAAAAUGUUAAACAUGCUUGGCCCAAGUGUUUUUCAGAAGAAUUAAAAGACUUUAUUUAAAAGAUAUUUGUUGUUGAUCCAACUUAAAGAGCAACAGCAAGUUAAUUACUUUAUCAUGAUUGGAUUCUUAAACAUGAGAAUUUCAAUUUAAAAAGUGCUUGA